GACUAUGGCUUCCACCACCUCGGGUGAUGUUCUGCCCACAGGCGGCAGGAUCUUUACCAGCAUUCCUGAUGUCUUCUUCAUCCCUGAGUUUGUGUUCGGAGGUUUGGUUUGGAUCCUGGUGGCGUCCACUCGGGUCUUUCCAGACAACCCGCUGGGCUGGGUGAUGUUCGUGUCCGUCUUCUGCUUCGUAUUCACGACACUUUGGUUUUUCAUCUUCCUCUGCGGAGCCAAUCAGAGCAGCAUCUGGCCCUCCCUGGAUGUGGGUUAUCAUUUUGUGGCCGUGGUUUUCUACCUCAGUGCGUCGGUGGAUCUGGCUUACAUCACCGUCCUGAAAGGCUGGGGUUUGACAAUUGUGUCCGGUUUUCCGGAUUUGACGUUGUUAAUUGAUCCUGACAAUCUCAAAAUCUACCGACUGGACAUUGCUGCAGUGGUGAUGUCCUACAUUGCCACUCUUCUCUACUUCCUCCAUGCCAUUUUCUCUGCCAUCCGAUGGAAGAGGUCCUAAUAAAACAAAACACAAACUAAGUACAAGAAGCCCAACAGAAGAACCAAAUAACCAACGAAACACGAUUGAAUUUUUUUAUUUUAAUUUUUAUUUUUUCUAUUUUCAUGUUAGCAAGAAGAACUUACUUUUAAUCCAAAGUGCCAAAACAUCAAAUGAAUGAAUAAGCGGGAAAAACAAGCAGGUUAACUGAUAAAUGUCACGUGUUACCCCACUAUUGACCAUUUCUUAAUCAAAGAGAGGCAGAGGUUUGGUCAGAAGUUAAAUGAGUCUGUUCAAGUUAAAAUAUGUUUUCAUAAAUAAUUGUAUAAUUAAUACAGUAUAGAGAAGGUUAAUGAGUGUAAAUAACUAAUUUAACCACAAAUCUAAUUAUAUAUCUUGGAGCAAGUAUGACAUUCAGAUAUUGUAAGAUUUUUUUAUGAGGACAUUUUUUUUUGAUGCACUGUAUUUUUUUCAUCAAAUAAGAAAAACACUUUAAAAGGAUCAGUUCAUUCAAAUUCAUACCGAAAAAUAAUAAUAUUUCUUAACUUAACUCUGGACAUUCUGAGUAUUCUUGAGGUAGAAAGUAAGUACAAUAAAAGUUUUUCACAGCUUUUAAAGAUACAUUUCCAGUGCUGCUACCACCAAGUUACAUUCACCUCUACUGUAUUUCUGAGUCAAGGCCUCCAACAUUAUGUGUAGUACACAGUAUUAUUGGAACACUGGGUACUACACUUCCCAUAAUGCAGCUCAACACCCCUCCCUGGUAAAUUCCAUGUCCAUAGUUUGUGCAGAUUAUAGUGCAGUCUUUCUUUUAUACAUUUUAAGUCUUUUCAUCCCUUAGUGACAUUAUCAGAGGUUGCUUUCUUAGACUGUGUGUAAAAUCCGUGGACUGCCCCUUUAAACUGUCUAAUGAGAGACCUCACUCAAACUGAAACAGCUGGUAAAUGAAGUGUGCUAAAAGCCUGUGGUGUUCGUUUCAUUUUGUGUCCAAAUUUAACAUCUAAAGGGAACAAGAAAUAAUUAUUUAUUUGUUAGAUGUAAAACUACAGAACCUGAUCUGUGUCCGGACAUCACUCAGCAGAGUUUAAUUAAAAUGUCAUUGGUCAUUGUUGACUUUGCUAUAUAGGUAAAAUAACCGAUGAUCCCAAAAUUUGUCACAAUAUUACAGCGCCAGAGGUUCGGCUCCAACAUUUCUUCAAAUAAAAGUAACACUGAAGCAUUUUACUUAAAAUUGUUCAAAAUUUUCAGCAGCAGAGCUUAGUGUUAGAGUAGCACAGUACAUUUAAAUUGCUAAUAAAUCUUGUGCCGAUAAAAAACUGAAACCUUGAGUAUCUAAAAGACUUGACUGAAGAGAGGAAUGCCCUUUAUGUCCUGUAUGUUUUCUCAAAGUUUACGAUGAACAAAAAAAUAAAUGGAUAAAUGUCAAUGAAUAAAUGAUUCUCCCUCUUG